UCUUAAUAAGCUUGCGCCGAAUCGCGCUAAUCUUGAGCAAACUGCACAGCCUGAAGUGCCUCGCUUUAGAAGGGGAAACUCGGGGGCCUGAAUUUUGAAGAUUAGUUUUUCUCUUCGUUAGAUAUAUUUGUGUCUUUUGAUAGCAGUCACAUCCACUUUAAGAAUGACUUCAACCCUCAGGAGAGUGUACCACAUCUCGGCCUUCAGCUGGUAUGCUUUUAUCGUCAGAUAUAUGGCAGCAAAGGAUGGAGAGGAGCUGCCGGCAGGAAUCUUUGUGUAUGGCGGUCCGUGGAAGUAUCUUACCUUCUUGAACCUGCUACUGCAAAUGACUUUCUUCGGACUGGCAGCUGUGAACGACGUUCAGCCGGAGAAAAACACAGCAAGCACCCUGAGCAGAUGUAAAGACUUCCUGUUCUCUGUCUUUGCUUUUCCUGUAGGCAUGUUUGUGGUUGUACUUUUCUGGAUGAUUUUUGCCUAUGACAGAGAACUAGUCUACCCAGCUACCAUUGACACCUUUUUCCCACCUUGGAUAAACCACGCUAUGCACACAUGUGUCCUUCCCGUUUUACUGGGCGAAGUGCUGGUGCAGCCUCACGCCUACCCACGGACCAAACACGCGCUGGCAGCUUUGGGCGUUGUGGGCUUGGCUUAUCUGUCUUGGAUUAUAUGGGUGUAUUUGUCCGUGGGGGUUUGGGUGUAUCCCCUUCUUGGGCUCUUCAGCACUACUGGGCUGGUUCUUUUCUUCUUCUUUAACAUGUCUGUGGUGACCUUGCUCUACCUGCUCGGGGACAAGCUCAACAGCCACGUCUGGGGUAAGAUGCACUGACUUAAUCACAAAGAAUCCCAAGUUUCCUUUCUUCAAUCCAUUCUGUUGCCGUACUGUUCAUUAUUUUUUGGUUUCUUCCGCUCCAGGAAAGGAAAAAGCAAAAUAAUGACCCAUUCAUUCAUGCCAACUGCCACUUUCUCCACUGAAACUCCAUCAGCAACACUCUGAGACGUACACCUACAGUGUGAAACCAUAUUUAAACAUUAUUUAAAGCUAGAAUUUGAUACUGCGUAAUGUAACAUGAACAUGGAAGCAGCGCAAUAAAGCACGUUCAACUACAGCACAUCGGUUUCUUCUCUUUAACUUGAUAUGAUUCUGGUUUCAAAAACAUUUUCUUAUUGAACGCCAAAAAGUCAGUAGCUGUGCAAGCGAAGACAAUGCAUUAAGGAUCCAGUUGAACAGGAAAAUGGAAAGGGGGUAUGUUUUUCCAAGGACUGUGGAACUUCUGGAGGAGCUGCAAAAAGAACCUUUAGUCCAAAACACCAAAGUAAAAAGUGGAAUGGGUUAGAUUUGAUUAUAAAUCUUUGUACAUCUCCAGGAAAACUUUGGCAUUUACAUCCAUUUGUCGCUUCUUCUUCUUUCUUUUCUUUUUCUCUCCAAAAAGAAAAUCAGCUUCCUGUCAAGUCUCGGUAGCCUUUCAGGUGCUGGAGGUAGUUUGGAUCGGCAUCCACAAGUCCAACAGAGAGAAUCUUUGUCAGUAAAUGCAGAUCAUCGCCACUCAGAUCCUUCUGCUUGCUUCCAGAAGACUCAGAAGCUUGAGCUUUUUGGUUUUUCUUUUCCUGUUUUAGUCCUUUGGAAAACCAAAAUAUGAUGAAAAUCAACCCGGCGACAGUCCCGAACAAAUGCAACAUGUUCGCUUCUCUUGUUUCUGUCCUGCUUGUGCUCUGUGUCGUCCCUUCGAGCGAACUAUAUAACUAUACAUCAGGUUCCAGUGCGUGGGUCACAAUACUGAAAACUCCCCAGAGAAACCAGCUCAACAGGACA